AUGGUUGUUCAGUGGAAUCAACAGGCAAGAUUGAUUGAAAUCAAGCCUAGUGAUAAUAUCCAAACAAUUGAACAAGCAAUUAUUGAGAUUUAUCAAACAAACGAAAUGAUAAUUCGUUCACAGUAUCAAAUUCAGUUUUAUCAUCACAAAUUUGGUUCUUACCUUGAUCUUUAUCCUGAAGUCUUGCCUGGAUUUCAAAAUAUGUUAUCUGAGUUGUUAUCUUCACAAGCAUCAUUAAAGUCUGACAAAAGAAGGUUUCUGAGAAUUAUAGCAAAAGCCAUUCCAAUCAAUAAUCAAUCAAUCCAUGAAUCUACUGUUGAAGAUACAUAUACUUAUCAACAAGACAAUGAUGCUACACAACUAAUUCCGACUGACAAUUCGUUAUCUUCGAACAAUGAUCAAGCGAUUACUGUUCCACCAAAAAGUCCCAUAGAACCUACUGUACCUCGAUGUAUAUCUUGGCACGAUAAUGAAAACACAGUGGAACAUAGAUAUAGCUUUUGUUUUGAACAACGUCUUGCUGAAACCCAACGAGCACAAUUUGAACGUGAAAUGCUACGCAAAAGUGCUAACACGAAGACGACAUCCGUUGCGGGUACUCUUUUGCGAGACAAAUCGGACGAAAAACCAACUCUACAUUUUCAAAUUCCACCGGAUGACCUUGGUUUCGAUUGGCGUAUUCGUGUUUAUAUAUUAACUCAGCCGGACAAUAAUGGCAUUCAUUAUCUACACGCAUCCAAAAGCAUCUUUCAUCACCAUCCAAACUCUUCAGAGAAUGAUGCCACUGAAUUGGAGAAUCCAUAUACUGUUCAAUUGCAACAAGAUGAUCUCCGAAAUGGCAAAUAUGUACUUCGUCUGAAAGUGUGUAAUAUUCCAGGUUUAAAUAAACACCGGGAACGUCGGCUACGAAUAUUUCCUGCAUUGAACAACGAGAUUAGCUUGUCGGACAAAACAACUGAUGGUUUAGAUUUUCAAAGUGAUAUAUACCAUGUUGGAUGUGUUCUUGUUCGAGAGAACAGAGCUUGUGAUCAAUGUAUAUCAAGUGCAACUUCUGCCACUCGUGAGCAAACGAACGGAGCUUCUAAACGUAAAAAAUUACAACAAUCUUCAUAA